AUGCUGGGAAAGCUUUUCCGGUCCAAUUCAAAUGCGAUUAAGCUCAUCGGCCCUGAUGAUGUUUUUUUAGACAUUCUUUCGGAUUUGUUUGCAGAUACCAAGACAAGAGGUCUUGGUGGAGAAACUUUCCAGACUAAUUUAGUCACCCAAAAUAUAUCGUUGAUUACACCUCCUAUCACUACCCUCCGUGACAGUGAAACGAGGAGGUCAAGCACCCCAAGUCUUCUGUUUAUUUCGUGGAUUCUAAAUCGGGUUAGACUUAUGGACGAUAAGUUAUGGUGA